AUGGCCUCUUCCCACGUUCUCGAAAAAGACCCUAGCUCCAGAUACGCCCGGUAUGAUGAAGUUUUGGGGAAAGGAGCCUUCAAGACUGUAUACAAAGCGUUUGACGAAGUGGACGGAAUCGAAGUUGCGUGGAACAGGAUCAGCGGGGAGGACGUUGUGCAGACUCCGCAGCAGUUGGAGAAGUUGUACUCGGAGGUUCACUUGCUCAAGAACUUGAAGCACGAUAAUGUCAUCAAAUUGUACAAUUAUUGGGUUGAUGAUACCACCGCCACUGUCAACAUGAUCACUGAGUUGUUCACCUCCGGGAGUUUGAGGCAGUACCGCAAGAAGCAUAAGCAUGUGGAUAUGAAAGCCAUUAAGAACUGGGCCCGGCAGAUUCUCCGUGGCUUGUGCUUUCUGCACAGUCAAACUCCUCCUAUUAUUCACAGGGACCUGAAAUGUGACAAUAUUUUUGUCAAUGGGAAUAGUGGACUGGUGAAGAUUGGAGAUCUUGGAUUGGCAAUUGUUAUGCAACAGCCUACUGCCCGUAGUGUCAUCGGUACACCGGAGUUCAUGGCCCCAGAACUUUAUGAGGAGGAGUACAAUGAACUAGUUGACAUAUAUUCCUUUGGCAUGUGCAUCUUAGAAAUGAUCACCUGCGAGUACCCAUAUAGUGAAUGUAAAAAUCCAGCUCAGAUAUAUAAGAAAGUUACCUCUGGUAUAAAGCCAGCUGCUCUUGCUAAAGUAAAUGAUCCUCAAGUUAAGCAAUUCAUAGAGAAGUGUCUAGUUCCAGCAUCUGCUAGAUUGUCGGCAUCUGAACUACUGAAAGACCCAUUCCUUGCAACUGAAAAUGCAAAGGAGAUCAAUCAUGAUACACUUCAGCUACCUAAUAAUCCUCAAACCAAAUCGGGGAAUCCACCACUGUGCAAGCCUCAUCCCAUGGAGAUAGAUUCUAACUCCAGGCGUACUUCACCUGGCUCGUCUGUGGGUAGAAUUGAAGAAACUUCUCUGGUUACAACUUUUGAUCUUGUGAGGAUGACUGAAAAUAACGAAUUCAGGUUAAGAGGGGAGAAAAAUGCUGAAAGUACAAUUUCACUUACACUGCGAAUUGCAGAUGCACGUGGUGGAGCAAGGAAUAUCCAUUUUCCAUUCUAUGUCGAUUCUGAUACAGCAAUUUCCAUUGCUGAGGAGAUGGUGGAACAUCUGGAACUUACAAACGAGGACGUAUCUGUCAUUGCGGAGCUAAUACAAGACAUGAUUGUUAAGCUCGAGCCCACCUGUAAGCCCUUAUGUGAGAACCUCUCAUCUGGAACAGAGCAUUUGUACGCAACUUCUUCAGAAGUUCAGAAUGAUGGACAAUUGAGCUGCCAUUGGCCAUUACAAUCAAGUGAUUAUGAUAUGAAGACGAUGUACGAGGAUCUAGUUCGCUCACGGCCUGUGGAUGGAGGUGAUCAGGAGAAACAAGAAUCUGUUAUGUCAGAUAUAUCAGCAGAGUGUGGGAUUCCGAUGGCUUCAGAUUCUAAAGGUGUCGAGCCUGACAUUUUUAUUUUUGAUGAAUUCUGGGAGGGGUUCGAUGUAGUAUUCAAUUCCAAUUCAGAUGGCAGGUUUAGUGGGCAAGAGGAUGGGCAAAAGAAUCAAUCAGAGAAUUCAGCAGGCUCUCUAAUCAAUUCAUGUUGCAGCCCAUCCAAAAACUUUGACAUGUCAAGCACAGGUUCUCUUAAUCUAGUUGACAAAGAUCCUUCAGACGAGCUGCAGCUGGAGCUUGAAGCAAUAGAAACACAAUAUCAACAAUGCUUUCGUGAUCUUAUGAAAAUGAGGGAGGAAGCCAUAGAAAAUGCAAAAAGGAGAUGGAUAACAAGGAAGAAGAUACCAGUUAUGUGA